AUGUCCAGCCCUAAGCGGAGAAUCGAGACAGAUGAUGUAUGCCCGCCGACCCCCCUCCUCUUUCCCAACUUGAUCACCCCCCCCCCCCCCCCACACGGCACCCGAGAUUAUGAACUCGACCCACGAUGUUUGAUUGUUGGAACAUGUCUGAUGAUAGGUGUAUGUACCAAGUCUUCGCGGCAAGCUCUCUGGCGCAGCUCUAACACAAUUUCCCGAUAUCGCAGGCAAGAAUUCUAUGUGCGCUUCAAGGGUCCCGAAGAGACACCAUUCCAAGGUGGCCAUUGGAAGAUCCACGUCGAAUUGCCCGAUCAGUACCCAUACAAGAGCCCCAGCAUAGGAUUUGUCAACCGCAUCUUCCAUCCCAAUAUCGACGAGCUGUCCGGCUCCGUUUGUCUCGAUGUCAUCAACCAAACAUGGUCGCCCAUGUAUGACAUGAUCAACAUCUUCGAAGUCUUCUUGCCUCAACUACUCCGCUACCCUAACCCCUCCGAUCCUCUCAACGGCGAAGCUGCGGCAUUGAUGAUGCGGGAACCCAAGGGCUACGAGGCGAAGGUGAAGGAAUACGUCGCCAAGUACGCUAGCAAGGAAGCAGUUGAUGAAGCAGGCGAGGAUACCGAGUCCGAGGACGAGCUCAGCUCAGCGGGCAGCUACGAUUCCGGUGGCGAAGAGCCCGCCGGCGCAAUGGACGAUGUCUAA